AUGAUGCUUUUGGGCCGCGGCGUGGGCCAAUGCACUGCCAGGGUGCUACGCUGUCAAGUUGCUCUUCACCCUUCCAAGAUCUUCUGGCGCUGUGCAUCCAGCAGAGAUGAGAAGAGCCAGGACCCUGCAGCUUCAACGCCGUACCGAGGGAAACGCUCUGUGGAAGGGGAUUUGCUCCCCAUUGCAGACGCGGAGGCGCCCGAGGAUGACCAAGCCUCCAGCAUAGACUCUCGCCUGAGCAAUCGGAUGCAACUGAAGACCAGCAGUCAGCGUUUGGGUUCGACAGAGAACGUCGACGGCAUGUAUGCGGACAUUCCUUCUGAUCGAGUGGAAGACAAGGCCAAACAGUAUCAAGUGCAUGACAGCCAGGAUCAUCUGGAUGCCUUUCAAAACGUAUAUCGCCGACUACGGCGGACCGGGCGAGACGAAACAGACAGGGAUGUCUCGGACUCACUGUGGAAGGCCAUGGAGUACGCGAAAAAGAAGAAAGACAAAGGAUGA